AUGCUACAGGUUCCAUUCUGUUCCAACGCCGACACCACCAGGUUUGAAUCCUACUCCCGCCAGUUUGAACCUGGGAACCUCAUGAGGACAGCAGGGCAAGGAGCAGCAGAGGCGUCAUUACCACUGGCACCCGAAGCAGCAGCAGGACCACUGGUUAGUAGAAUGUGGAGGAAGUCAACCUGCACAAGGGCGAAAGGGGCAGACGGGGCAGGGAUAGACGGGGCAGAUGGGGCACAUGGGGCACAUGGGGCAAAAGGGACAGACGGGGCAGAUGGGGCAGAAGGGGCAGAAGGGGCAGACGGGGCAGAAGGGGCAGACGGGGCAUACCCAUUAGCCUCUCACACACUCCCUCUCACCAUCUCGCCCUCUCACUCCUCACCCCCUCCCCACACACUCCCCUGGCUUCCCUCCUCCUCCUUGGCCUCUCUGUUCCUUCCUCCCCAAGCGGCAAAAAGUGCUCCAACAGAGCAAAUGGAGGUGGGACAAGGGGAGGUGGGACAGGGGGAGGUGGGACAGGGGGAGGUGCGACAAGGGGAGGUGCGACAGGGGGAUGUGCGACAGGUGGGGGGUGCAACAGGGGGGAGGUGCUUGAUCAAGACUCGCACAUCGGAUAUCCUUCCCUCUCCAUCAGCCAAUCCCCUCUCACAAGCUCGCGCCGCCCCUCCCCCCUCCUAG